GGGGCGGCGCGGGCAGACGCGGCGGGCGCGCAGGGAGAAGAAAGGCGCUGCUUUGCAUGCGAGCCGCGCGCGAGCGAGUCGGGAGCCUUUGAGCGGCGGCGGCCCCGGCCCCGGCCCUGGCCCUGGCCCCCCCGGACCCGGCUAUAUAGGGGCGCGCGCGGCGGCGGCAGCGGCAGCGCCGGGCGGCUCGGAGCGGGGAGCGGCGGCAGGAGGCAGGAGGCAUGCCCGUGCGGCGGGGAGCCGGCCUCCCGGACCGGGCGCGCCGGCUGCUGCUGGCUCUGCUGUGCCUGCGCCUCCAGGUGAUUCUAGCAUCGGGACAGUUCGAGUUGGAGAUCUUAUCCAUGCAAAACGUGAACGGUGAACUGCAGGAUGGGAAUUGCUGCGAUGGCACCCGAAACCCAGGGGAUAGAAAGUGCACCAGAGAUGAGUGUGAUACUUAUUUUAAAGUUUGCUUGAAGGAGUAUCAGUCCCGGGUCACUGCUGGGGGGCCUUGCAGCUUCGGAUCCGGAUCUACUUCUGUCAUCGGAGGGAAUACCUUUAAUUUAAAAUACAACCGGAAUAGUGAAAAGAACCGGAUAGUUCUGCCUUUCAGUUUCGCCUGGCCGAGAUCCUAUACAUUACUUGUGGAGGCAUGGGACUACAGCAAUGACUCUGCUAAUCCUGAUAGCAUUAUUGAAAAGGCAUCCCAUUCUGGCAUGAUCAAUCCAAGUCGUCAGUGGCAGGCUUUGAAACAGAACGCAGGUGUCGCCCAUUUUGAGUACCAGAUCCGUGUGAUUUGUGAUGAGCACUACUAUGGCUUUGGCUGCAACAAGUUUUGUCGCCCAAGGGAUGACUUCUUUGGACACCAUACGUGCGAUCAGAAUGGCAACAAAACUUGCUUGGAAGGCUGGAUGGGACCGGAAUGCAACAAAGCUAUUUGCCGUCAGGGUUGUAGCCCAAAACACGGUUCUUGCAAAAUACCAGGAGAGUGCAGGUGUCAGUAUGGAUGGCAAGGCCAGUACUGCGAUAAGUGCAUUCCACACCCAGGAUGUGUCCAUGGCACCUGCAAUGAACCAUGGCAAUGCCUCUGUGAAACCAACUGGGGUGGUCAGCUCUGUGACAAAGAUCUUAACUACUGUGGAACUCGCCUGCCUUGUUUGAAUGGUGGUACCUGCAGCAACACGGGGCCUGACAAAUAUCAGUGUUCCUGCCCUGAGGGUUACUCGGGACAGAACUGCGAAAUUGCGGAACAUGCCUGCCUUUCUGAUCCUUGUCACAAUGGAGGAAGCUGCCUUGAAACCUCAACUGGAUUUGAAUGUAUGUGUUCACCAGGCUGGGCUGGACCAACUUGCACUGAUAACAUUGAUGAUUGUUCUCCAAAUCCCUGUGGCCAUGGAGGAACCUGCCAAGAUCUAGUUGGUGAAUUUAAGUGCAUCUGCCCACCUCAGUGGACUGGUAAAACUUGCCAGCUUGAUGCGAAUGAAUGUGAGGGCAAACCUUGUGUCAAUGCCAACUCCUGCAGGAAUCUGAUUGGUAGCUACUAUUGCGACUGCAUUGAUGGCUGGUCUGGCCAGAAUUGUGAUAUAAAUAUUAAUGAUUGUCUUGGACAGUGUCAGAAUGGAGGAUCCUGUCGAGAUUUGGUUAAUGGCUACCGAUGUCUCUGUCCACCUGGUUAUGCAGGAGAUCACUGUGAGAGAGACAUUAAUGAAUGUGCAAGCAACCCUUGCUUGAAUGGUGGCCACUGUCAGGAUGAGAUCAAUGGAUUUCAGUGUUUGUGUCCUGCUGGUUUCUCGGGAAACCUCUGUCAGUUGGACAUAGAUUAUUGUGAGCCCAACCCUUGCCAGAAUGGCGCCCAGUGCUUCAAUCUUGCCACAGACUACUACUGUAACUGCCCUGAAGAUUAUGAGGGAAAGAAUUGCUCCCACCUGAAAGACCACUGCCGCACUACUCCUUGUGAAGUCAUUGACAGUUGUACAGUGGCAGUGGCUUCUAACAACACACCAGAAGGGGUUCGCUAUAUUUCUUCAAAUGUCUGCGGUCCCCAUGGGAAGUGCAAGAGCCAAGCAGGGGGAAAAUUCACUUGCGAGUGCAAUAAAGGCUUUACUGGCACCUACUGCCAUGAAAAUAUUAAUGACUGCGAAAGCAACCCCUGUAAAAAUGGUGGCACCUGCAUUGAUGGUAUCAACUCCUACAAAUGCAUCUGUAGCGAUGGAUGGGAAGGAAAUUACUGUGAAACAAAUAUUAAUGACUGCAGUAAAAACCCUUGCCACAAUGGAGGGACUUGCCGAGACUUGGUUAAUGACUUUUUCUGUGAAUGUAAAAAUGGGUGGAAAGGAAAGACUUGCCACUCGCGUGAUAGCCAGUGUGAUGAGGCUACAUGCAAUAAUGGAGGAACAUGUUAUGAUGAGGGAGACACUUUCAAGUGCAUGUGUCCUGCAGGAUGGGAAGGAGCCACUUGUAAUAUAGCAAGAAACAGCAGUUGCCUGCCAAGCCCCUGCCAUAAUGGUGGUACCUGUGUAGUCAGCGGGGAUUCCUUUACUUGUGUCUGCAAAGAAGGCUGGGAAGGACCAACUUGCACUCAGAAUACAAAUGAUUGCAGUCCUCAUCCUUGUUAUAAUAGUGGGACUUGUGUGGAUGGAGAUAACUGGUACCGCUGUGAAUGCGCUCCAGGCUUUGCAGGCCCAGACUGUCGGAUAAAUAUCAAUGAAUGCCAGUCUUCACCCUGUGCUUUUGGAGCUACAUGCAUUGAUGAAAUUAACGGCUACCGCUGCAUCUGUCCGCCUGGUCGUAGUGGCCCAAGAUGCCAAGAAGUUACAGGAAGGCCUUGUAUUACCAACGGGCGUGUGACAGCAGAUGGUACUAAAUGGGACGACAACUGUAAUACCUGUCAGUGUUUGAAUGGAAAGGUCACGUGCUCUAAGGUUUGGUGUGGGCCUACACCUUGUCUAAUCCAUGCUAAAGGUCAUGAGUGCCCAGCUGGACACACCUGUAAUCCUAUUAAGGAUGACCACUGCUUUACACAUCCCUGUGCUGCAAUGGGUGAAUGCUGGCUUUCAAAUCAGCCACCAGUGAAGUCCAAAUGUAAUUCAGACUCUUAUUACCAGGACAACUGUGCCAACAUUACAUUUACCUUCAAUAAAGAGAUGAUGUUGCCGGGUCUUACCACUGAGCAUAUUUGCAGUGAACUGAGAAAGCUUAACAUUUUGAAGAAUGUUUCUGUUGAAUAUUCCAUCUACAUCACCUGUGAGCCUUCACGCUUAGCAAACAAUGAAAUACAUGUUGCGAUAUCAGCUGAAGACAUUCGGGAGAAUGAAAACCCAAUCAAGGAAAUCACCGAUAAAAUUAUUGACCUUGUCAGUAAACGUGAUGGAAACAACACGCUAAUUGCUGCAGUUGCAGAAGUUAGAGUACAAAGGCGACCAACUAAAAACAAGACAGAUUUCUUGGUGCCAUUGCUGAGCUCCGUCUUAACAGUAGCCUGGAUCUGUUGCUUGGUAACAGCCUUUUAUUGGUGCAUUCGAAAACGCAGAAAGCAGAGCAGCCACACUCACACGGCAUCAGAUGACAACACCACAAACAACGUGAGGGAGCAGCUGAAUCAGAUAAAAAACCCCAUUGAGAAACACGGAGCCAAUGCUGUCCCUAUCAAAGACUACGAAAACAAAAACUCUAAAAUUGCCAAAAUAAGGACACACAAUUCAGAGGUAGAGGAAGACGACAUGGACAAGCAUCAACAGAAGGCCCGAUUUGCCAAACAGCCAGCAUACACACUGGUAGACAGAGAUGAAAAGCCACCCAACAGUACGCCUACGAAACACCCAAACUGGACAAAUAAACAAGACAACAGAGACUUGGAAAGUGCGCAAAGUUUAAAUCGAAUGGAAUACAUUGUAUAGCAGUUGGUGAGGUGCUGCCAUGCAGGGCCUUUGAAUAUCAUUAUAAAGGCACUCUGAGCUUGUAGUUCUUUAAACUGUUGUGUAAUAUUUGAGUCUAAGGCUAUUAUUUACUUAGAAUCCCUGUGUUAAUUUAAGUUUUGACAAGCUGGCUUACACUGGCAAUGAUAGUUGCUGUGGUUGGCUGGGAAUACCAAGUGCUGCAUUUCACAUCUAUGCAAAACUAGUCAAAAGUGCCCUAAUGGUAAAUUCAGCUGUAGCUGAUACAUCACAGAAAUGUUUCAUAAGGUAUUGCAUAGACUUAUUAGCUCUUCUUUAGCAUUUACCUUUUUUUUUGGUCAGAUGUCCCAAUUUAUACAGUUUCGUAGAAUAAUACAUUUUAUUUAUAUUUAUUGACGCUGAGUUUUUUGUAUAUUGGUUUUAUGGUGACGUACAACUAGUUCUGUAUUUGAAAGUGCCUUUGCAGCUCAGAACCACAGCAACUAUCAAGAAAGUUUAUUAUUUAUUUUUUUUUAUUGUAUUUUUGUUGGGGGUGGGAGGGGAGGAACUCAAUGUCAGCAGUUGCUGGUAAAUGAAGAAUUUAAAGAGGAAAAUGUGUCAAAAAUAGAAGUUUGUAUAGAUAUGUAAAUAAUUCUUUUUUUAUUAAUCGCUGUGUAUAUUUGAUUUAUUAACUUAAUAAUCAAGAGCCUUAAAUAUCAUUCCUUUUUAUUUAUAUGUAUGUGUUUAGAGUUGAAGGUUUUUGAUAGCGUUGUAAGCUUGUGGCUUCUUUAUUUUGAAUUUAUUUUCUUGUUACAUGUUGCCUAUAUGCCAAAAUUAAUGUGUUCUAAAAAUAGUUUAUUUUUAACAAUAGGACGGGCUCUCAUGCCUUGAUGCUGGUUUUUGUACAAAUGUCAAACGUUUGAAACACCUUCCAUAGUAUCACUUUAAGACUAUUUGUAAGUACUGACUGAGGCAGUUUUAGAUAAUUAGACUAGAACUUUUUUUUUUGUUUUGCUGCUUUAGACUUGAAAGAGUGACAGGCAGAUAAUCUGCUACAAAGCAGUUUAAGGGAACAAAACGGAGCUAUGACUUUAUGUAGAUGAAAUGUGAGUGGUUGCAUGUAAUUAAGAUAUCAAAUUAGCGUGUGAAGUUGGAAGCACAGAAAUCUUAUUUUGUAAAUUCUGAUUUUUUUUUCACCAUGAAUAUGUAAUACUGAACCACUUGUAGAUUUGAUUUUUUUUUUUUUUUUUUUUGUAAUCUACUGCAUUUAGGGAGUAUUCUAAUAAGCUAGUUGUUGAAUACUUGAACAGUAGAAUGUCCAGUAAGAUCACUGUGUAGAUUUGCCAUAGAUUACACUGCCCGCCAUAACAAGUGAGGAAAUCAAAGUGCUAUUACAACAUUAAAGAUCAAAAAAGGCUUAUAAACAUAGUAAUCUCAUUGGUUAACCACUGAGAUCAUGAAAGAUACCUUGUAUUGUGAUAUUAGUGUUAUAUGAAAAUGCAUCUUUGAUGUGUUGUUCCUGGCAAUAAAUCUUGAAAAGUAAUAUUUAUUAAAUUUUUUGUAUGAAAACAGAAAACAGCGUGGCUGUUAUUGAGCUUUGAGGCACUUUUAGCUAGCUGCAUGCCCAAAAGUAAGGGUAGCUAAGGUGUGACAGAUUGUUGGGAUCAGCAACGUUGAGCUGUGUAUUCAGGGCCUGAUUCAAAUACUGCUAAAGACCAUGGAAGGGCUCCCAGUGAAUUUUGUAAACCUUUAAGUUGGGCACAUGCUGACAAGGAAUAUUGUGUUAAAAUGACUUCUGCAAAGUAGGUAUCAUUGAAAGCUUCCACACUUGUCAGCUUUGGGAGCUAUGCUCCUUAUCUCUGGUUUCUCCAUGUCAUCAAAGGAGGACUGAGUACAAGUGAUGCUGGAUUGUGGGGAAGUCUUAACCUAACUUCAGUGUUAUGCUUUGUUUUAACCUUCCUUUGGAAAUGGUAAGUGGUCCAAGUUGAAUGCAUGCUUUUUUUUUUUUUUUUUAUAUGUAACUUGUUGCAGCAUCAGGGAUGCUGAUCUUUUAAAGCUGCUUUUCUGUCCCUACUAUUGCUUCAUACUGAACUGACUCUACUAUUGGUUACAAAAAAUGGAAUUACUCCACCAUACUCCCUGGAAUGACUUGAAUUUUAGGCUAGUAUAAGAUUCAGUGCCUGUGACCAGUUACAGAAAUUUGUCACGCUAUGAACAUUGUAUUGUUACCCUGUAUAUUGUAUGGUGGUUGACACCAGUGCACAGAACAUGUAAAAUGCUGCCAUUCUGAAUUUGGUAGUGGGCUGACUAUAAAACAGCAGCACACUGUUCGGGGUAAUGGAGAAACAGAUCUAUUGUUCUUGUAAUGCUGCCUUCUAAAAAAGACAACUCCUUGUAUAGAGUAAGGGAUAAUGCAACAUGAGAACUGCAUAAUAUGUAAGCUUAUGUACAGAAUUAAACAGAGAGAGAUUACCAACA